GUAAAGAUAGCUUUCUGUGUUAAGGGCUUCCGUUUUCCUGUCUUUUUCAUCUGCGGAGAGAACAGUAAUGAGUUACUGAAAUCAAACCGCAGAAAUCUGUUAAAUUAUCGACUUUACUUAUUGUUUGAAGAACUUAAUAAGAAGGCCCUAAAAAUGGGCAGAAGUAGAAGCCGAUCCCCACCAAAACGAGGUUUGUAUCAGCAAUGAAUAACCAACGAUGAUAAUAAUACUUAGCAAUUCGCUAAAGUUAGCAUCCUACGUUAUUUACAAACAGGCCCAUAUUUGUUGUUCUAGCUAGCAAGUUGGCGAUAACAAUAACCACACUAUUUCGGUCUCGCAACUAACAUUUAUGUGUAACCCUAAACAUUGUAGAUAAACUAUAGUAAUCGGGUUAACGUUUGUUUGUGUACAUGCUAGCCCAAUAAUGGAGUAAAGGAGCCUAGCGACGUUAAUCCGGACAUUAUAGGUCAAGGACCUUACAUGUUCUGUUUAGAGACUGAUUGGCUCUGGCAGCCAAAACAGCCAAAUACUCCAACUAAACGUGAAUCGAUUCUCAAUUGCGAUACGGUUCUAGAAACAUAAAGGCUUCUACUUUCAUAUCACACAAAAAUAACGUAAAUUUAACAUAUGCGAAAUAUACACUUACUGUACACUGUUUUAACCCAGUUGCAGCCCACAUUAUUUUUAACACGUUUGUGGCCUCCGUCUUCCGUUUACACAAAGGUAUUCGAUAACGCAGAUAGCUAUCGUUAAUUAGCACAGGUAGUCCACUCUGUCGACAGUCUGUUUUCAUAAACAAGGUUGUAAAGCUGUCCACAUAAUUCCCAUCCGAAAGAGUUCCUGCAUAUAUUAUGAUGACAUUUUGUGAGGUUUUGGUCUUCUGCAAGGUUUUUCGGCUUCUUUUUUUUUUUUGCCGAAGUCUACGCCUUCUACUGUAGGGUGAAGUAGACAUAUGGCAGUGUGUAAACCCUAAAUCCCUUUAAAGCUGCAAUGUGUAACUUUUUGGACAACUCGACCAAAUUAUAGAUCUGUCAUUCUCAUUGAAAGCAAGUCUAAGAAGCGGAAGAUAUGUUUUAUGUGCUCUCUUUCUAUGAUUCCCAAUCCCAAAUUUCGUUUUAGUGUAUUUUACAUUCGCUUUUGUACAGCAGCUUCAAGCAGCUGAAAAUACAAUAUUUUUGGUUAUGGAAAAUGUAUUUCACAGCGGUUUAGAUGGUACAAUGAUUCUCUACACUAUACUUGCUUGUUUUGUCACAUAAACUGAAAUUUGGCGAACUAUUAGAAUUUUAGCAACCAGGAAAUGGCGGAGCAUAGUGCGUCUUUAAAGGUGUGUAGUAAUUUAACCUUUUAGUUUUUGGAAAAUUAUUUAUCACUGAUAUGUUCCUUUAUGUUUCCAAAACCGUACUGUAAGCUAUGCAUGUUAACGUUAGAGCAAGCGUCUGGGUUCUUAACAAAACACCCCUGGCCAGAAGAUACUGUCGUCAAAAAUAUAACUAACCCAAAAUAGUUAAUCUGUGUCAUUUAUAGUGGGAGCAAGUGGAACAUAGUGGGCAGAACAAGAAAAGAGGUGGGCAGAGCCAAGCACGAGCUAGCAAGAUCCUAUUGAAGCAUGUAUUUGCAUAUUUCCAUUAGGGAACGCCUCCUCUGUGAAGUGCGUGUGCACAACCUCAAUUCGACCUUGCACUCUUUCUAAAUGCAAGGGGGGAAAAAAUGUCUAUACAAUUUAGUGAACUGUGUAACAGGUUCUAGUUUUGGGAACAUAAAAAUGUACACUGCUCAAAAAAAUAAAGGGAACAAUAAAAUAACACAUCCUAGAUCUGAAUGAAUGAAAUAAACUUAUUAAAUACUUUUUUCUUUACAUAGUUGAAUGUGCUGACAACAAAAUCACACAAAAAUUAUCAAUGGAAAUCAAUUUAUCAACCCAUGGAGGUCUGGAUUUGGAGUCACCCUCAAAAUUAAAGUGGAAAACCACACUACAGGCUGAUCCAACUUUGAUGUAAUGUCCUUAAAACAAGUCAAAAUGAGGCUCAGUAGUGUGUGUGGCCUCCACGUGCCUGUAUGACCUCCCUACAAUGCCUGGGCAUGCUCCUGAUGAGGUGGCGGAUGGUCUCCUGAGGGAUCUCCUCCCAGACCUGGACUAAAGCAUCCGCCAACUCCUGGACAGUCUGUGGUGCAACGUGGCGUUGGUGGAUGGAGCGAGAAAUGAUGUCCCAGAUGUGCUCAAUUGGAUUCAGGUCUUGGGAACGGGCGGGCCAGUCCAUAGCAUCAAUGCCUUCUUCUUGCAGGAACUGCUGACACACUCCAGCCACAUGAGGUCUAGCAUUGUCUUGCAUUAGGAGGAAUCCAGGGCCAACCGCACCAGCAUAUGGUCUCACAAGGGGUCUGAGGAUCUCAUCUCGGUACCUAAUGGCAGUCAGGCUACCUUUGGCGAGCACAUGGAGGGCUGUGCGGCCCCCCAAAGAAAUGCCACCCCACACCAUGACGGACCCACCCCCAAACCGGUCAUGCUGGAGGAUGUUGCAGGCAGCAGAACGUUCUCCACGGUGUCUCCAGACUCUGUCACGUCUGUCACGUGCUCAGUGUGAACCUGCUUUCAUCUAUGAAGAGCACAGGGCGCCAGUGGCGAAUUUGCCAAUCUUGGUGUUCUCUGGCAAAUGCCAAACGUCCUGCACGGUGUUGGGCUGUAAGCACAACCCCCACCUGUGGACGUCGGGCCCUCAUACCACCCUCAUGGACAUUUGUGGCCUGCUGGAGGUCAUUUUGCAAGGCUCUGGCAGUGUUCCUCCUGCUCCUCCUUGCACAAAGGCGGAGGUAGCAGUCCUGCUGCUGGGUUGUUGCCUUCCUACGGCCUCCUCCACGUCUCCUGAUGUACUGGCCUGUCUCCUGGUAGCGCCUCCAUGCUCUGGACACUAUGCUGACAGACACAGCAAACCUUCUUGCCACAGCUCGCAUUGAUGUGCCAUCCUGGAUGAGCUGCACUACCUGAGCCACUUGUGUGGGUUGUAGACUCCGUCUCAUGCUACCACUAGAGUGAAAGCACCGCCAGCAUUCAAAAGUGACCAAAACAUCAGCCAGGAAGCAUAGGAACUGAGAAGUGGUCUUGCUUUAUUGGGGGUGUCUUGCUAAUUGCCUAUAAUUUCCACCUGUUGUGUAUUCCAUUUGUACAACAGCAUGUGACAUUUAUUGUCAAUCAGUGUUGCUUCCUAAGUGGACAGUUUGAUUUCACUGAAGUGUGAUUGACUUGGAGUUACAUUGUGUUGUUUAAGUGUUCCCUUUAUUUUUUUGAGCAGUGUAUUUAGAUCAGAUGUUUCAUUGAUGAGAAAAUUAGAAGAAUGUCGGCCCAGUAUCAUCUAGUUCCAUUCUCUCCCACUGCCCGCGACUGGACUUCAUCUCACUACUAUUUGGUGGUGAAAAAACGUUCUAAACAAAUGCUUCAGCUUUAUAGCCCCUGUGAUUGGGUCAUCAAUGGCACCGGAGGGGAUGGCUGCCGUUUUACGGACUCCUAACCAAGUGUGCUAUUGUGUUUUUUUCGCAUUGUUUGUAUCUUAUUUUGUACAUAAUGUUGCUGCUACCAUCUCUUAUGACCGAAAAGAGCUUCUGGAUAUCAGAACAGCGAUUACUCAUCUCGAACUGGACGAAUAUUUUUUGUUUAAUGAGUCCGACGCGAAGGAUAUACUGUUUCUCUGAGAUCAGGCCCAAAUCCCCCUCAUUCGCAUGAAGGAAAGACGGUGAGUGGGUAACCCGCCUCUACCAUCCGUUCUAUUGGCCAACGUGCAAUCACUGGAGAAUAAACUGGAUGAGCUCCGUUCGAGACUAUCCUACCAACGGGACAUUUAAAAACGGUUAUUACCUUAUGUUUCACAGAGUCUGGCUCAACAAUGACAUGGAUAAUAUACAGUUGGCGCAUGUGACAAAUUUUAAAAUGUUAUUUGACGUGUCUGGGUUACCCCUUCUGUUGACUACCACAACUCAAAAACCUAAUGGAAAUUGGAGAUGUUUUUACAUCGCUGGUUAGAGGACAACCUGCAGAGCAGUCAGCUACAUUUUGGAAUGUUGCAUUUUGAUACAGGGGUCACCAAAACAGAAAGAGAAACGCAACACUGUUUCAUCAAUCAGUCAUCGAUUAUAACGUUGAAAUCAAUUGGUCUGUGUGUGUAUCAGUGCCAUUUGAAAAAAUUAUAGCUGCGUUCUAAAUCCUGCAAACCCCAGCGCGUAUGACAAAAUCAAUAUUUCAAAACCAAAUGUUUUUGAUCUGUUUUAAGCACUUGAUCUUGUCAUAGAUCUUGUCACCAAUCUGAGGUAAAAAUUUGAUGACCCCAAUUCGAUGCGAUCAAAACGUCAGCUUGUGUAAUGUAUUAACAUUUUACAUUUACAUUUUAGUCAUUUAGCAGACGCUCUUAUCCAGAGCGACUUACAGGAGCAAUUAGGGUUAAGUGCCUUGCUUAAGGGCACAUCGACAGAUUUUUCACCUAGUCAGCUUGGGGAUUAGAACCAGCGACCUUUCGGUUACUGGCACAAUGCUCUUACCCACUAAGCUACCUGCCGCCCAUUAACACAUACUGUCCACAUCAUGGAAAGUAGCAUAAUGUAUAUAUCAAUAAGAUAUGGCAAAAUAAUGUAACAUCUUAAUUUAUCAUGAUAAUUAAAUGAAGCAAACGCACAGAUUUUUUUCAAUAAUCAUACUGUACAUUUAUCACUAGUUUAACCAUUUUGAGAUUUAAAUGCUCCUAAGCACAAUUUAACCAGGGGCUCUAGACUAGAGCGUGAGUGUCCAUAGGGUCUGUGCAGCAGGCUGAAUAUUUGACGUCCCUAUAGUUAGCAUCUAUGACAUUGGAGACUGCUGAGGGGAGGACGGCUCAUAAUAAUGUCUGGAAUGGAGUUCAUGGAAUGGUAUCAAACACAUCAAAGAUGUGGUUUCCAUGUGGUUGAUACCACUCCAUUGACUCCAUUCCAACCAUUAUUAUAAGCUGUCCUCUCCUCAGCAGCCUCUACUGGUCUAUGAAUGGGCUAUGAGCACAUUUCUUUUCUCUGGUCCAUCACGCGACAAGGAGUUGCCCCUACUCUGGAACGUUCGUUCCAUUGAUUCUUUCAGUUUUCCCAAAAAAUGUAUUUAGCGAGUCUUUUUAAUAUGCUUUUGUAACUCACCAAAGUGUCGAUGUUGCUAGAGUGUUAGAUAUAUCUUCUCUGUAUGCGCAGGGUGUCAUUUAAAAAAAAUACAAAAUAAUUGACCAGACUAGCUCUGGUCCAUGUGCAUGCGUUGGAUCUGCAUUACGACCUGCCUCCGUCACAUGCACCUGGACCAGAGAUUGUAUUUUGGAGAAAUGACACCCUACACAUACAGAGAAAAGUUAUUCAACACUUUAACAACAUCUUUACUUUGGGGAGUUAGUACGAAAGUUUAUUGAACCCAUUCACUAAACAAAAUUCAAUGAAUGGAAGGAUUCAUAACAUGGAUGCUGGUCAUAACAUGCUGUUCUUGGUCCUCUGCCAUACUAAGUAAUGUCUUGGUCUGUUUGUUCUUCAUUGUCUGCAGAGAGACGACGCUCUCUCUCGGGUUCAAGGGACCGCGAACGAAAGCGCAGGGAGAGGGAACGCUCCCGUUCUCGGGACAGGGAAAGGCGUAGGAGCCGGUCGCGCUCUCCAGCCCGCAGACGACGCUCAAGGUGAGAGAAAAGACCCCCUUUGAGUCAUCUCAACUGAAAGGGUGUUGACAGUGGACUCACACAGGGUCAUUGGUUACUACUGUAAGCAUAUGUGGUGUAACCUCAGUCUACACACCCAUUGACAUAAACAUAUCUGGCCUGUGAUACCUUGUGCUCUAAGUUUGACCAUUUCUGUACUGCAAAAGUAUCACACGGGCUGUAUUCCGAUUCCACACCCUUCUCCCCAAAUGUGCACUUCCUCACCUCAUCCUCAAUAAUUUAAAAGCAUUGGAUUGGUGUAAGAAUGGAGUGGGAGUGGGGGGGUUUCCAGUUUCCACCAUAUUUCUAAAACCAGUCCAUAAGGGGAAAUUAUUUGUGCGCACUUCAAGAAGAAGAUUAUAGAAUGGGACCUCUGCCUAGAUAACCCGUCCUCCAGCUAUCUCUGUGUCUUGUCUUUAGGUCUCCUCGUCGGCUACGCUCUUCCUCCGGCUCCCCCUCCAGGCAGAAGGACAGGCGUGAUGAGGAGGAUGAUAGAAAGGAUUCCAAGGAUAAGCCGAUAAAGGAGCAUCAGAUCUCAGGUGGUUUAUCUGCUAUGAACUUGUAUGCGUCUCAAAUGGCACCCUAUUCCCUACAUGGUGCAGUACUUUUGACCAGAGCUGUGUGUGCGCGCGCCAUUUGGGAUGCACCCCUUCUGUGAGGAUAUGGAGAAAUACUACUGUUGCAUGUCAGUGUCUAAAAGUGUGUAUUGUUUAUAGAGGAAGACAUGCAGGGCAAGACAGAAGAGGAGAUUGAGAUGAUGAAGAUUAUGGGAUUCGGCAACUUUGACACCACAAAGGUAAGGAUUCUGUCAACUCGUCUCAAACCUAGAGGUUACUGGUUAGGCUUGCCAAAGAUAUCUGUAGAUAUUAGAUGAUUUUUUAUUUAGUCUGGAGUCUGCAGAAUAAUUAUCCUGUAGGCAGGUAAUUGCUGAAAUUGUCAACUCACCACAAGGGGCCAUAGUUUGGACAGGUUCCUAAACCAAACUGAUUGUACAGUGCACUUCACUAACAAGAAUUACAAAUCUCACAAUCAUUAUAAUAGUGAUUAUAAAGAACUUGACACUUCACUUUUGGUAAACAGUUUGUUAUAAGACUAAGAUCAUCUGAGAUGGGUGUGAUUAUUUUCAAAGGAGUUCAAGUAGGUCUCUCCAUUUCUGUCUGGCAGUUUUUAUUGCAGGAAGAUGUUUUAAUUUGAUACAAUUUAAGUGUUUAUUGCCACAGGUGAACGAAUAGUAAACAACCAAUUGUUUUUGGAUGUGUGAUGUAUUAAUGUGGUUGUCUUUGCCAACAGGGGAAGAAGACCAAUGGAGCAGUCAAUGCGCAUGCUAUCAAUGUGUCUCAGAAGAGGAAAUACAGGUCUGUUGAUUCAUUGUCAUUAACCCCAAGAGUUGGCUUAUGUGGCUUUUUAUUUCACAAAUAACAUUUAAAUUACAAAAUUGGGUGGAACUGCCCACAUGUAGUCGUGAAAAUACUGUAAUAUAGACUGCAUUUAGUAUUCAUAAUAUCGCAAAUGUGUGGGACUACCAAUAGUCCUUCUUGUUAGGAUAAUAUUUAUUUUCCUUCACAUUCAGUUCACCUGUUAUUAAGUAGUGUAUCUUGUUGAUUUAUGCACCAACUAGCUUCGUUUGUUUAUAAAUCAACAGUUCCAACUGCAAGGCACAAGGUCCUGACUGAUAUUGAGCAGUCUGAACAGUGACCAUGCUCAUUGCAGACAAUCACCUCUGCAGGUGUUUCUAUCCAGACAGAUCGGCUCUCCUAUUGGUGGGCGGUGAUGUAAUGUACAAGUGCUGCAAUGGUAACAGUUUUGUAUUGUUUAUUUUUUUCCUUUUCAGGCAGUACAUGAACAGAAAAGGAGGAUUCAACAGACCUCUGGAUUUCAUUGCUUGAAGUAGGAUAAACAGAAGAGACUCAUUGAUGUUCCCUAAAAUAUACUAUUUUAGCCUUGUAGUCUCUCUUGACUGUUUUGGUGAUAGUUUCUUUUUUGUAUUAUGUAUUUGUUUUCAUUUUGACUCCAUGCACUGCAUAUAUAAGUUCUGCAAAGACCCAUGCAACUGAAUAUUAUGAAAUGUUUCUGUAAUAUGUUUUGCUUAUUUUAAGAAUGAGCCUUGGGUCAAUUUGCUUUUCAGGGUGCAUUUUAAGGUGUUUUUGAGUCCGAUUAAAAAUGUUGAAAUUCAGA